AUGGGUUCCCUAUCACCGGCCAAGCUUCUUGUUGUGGACUUCACCAAGAAGGGAAACUUGACGCCCGGUACGAGUUGUUGGUCGUCGGCCGCCAACGAAAUCCGGCAUGCCCUCGAAGAACAAGGCUGUUUCAUAGCCAUGUAUGAUGGAGUAUCAUCAGAGCUUCACAAAGCAAUAUUCCAUGCAGCAGAUGAGUUGUUUGAUCUUCCCCCUGAAACCAAAGUCCAAAACGUUAACGAAAAGCCCUACCAUGGCUAUGUAGGUCAAAUGUCCUACAUUCCCCUCCAUGAAGGCUUGGGCAUUGACUAUGCAACCACACUUGAAGGAGCUCAAAGCUUCACCGAUCUCAUGUGGCCCAAUGGAGGAAACAAGUAUUUCUGUGAAAAUACGGUGUCGUUUGCGAGGACAGUAGAGAAAUUAGAUCACAUGGUGGUAAGAAUGCUAUUUGAAAGCUAUGGUGUGGAGAAAUACUGUGAGUCUCACAUUGGAUCAGCCACCUACCUUCUUCGAUUCCUGAAAUAUAGAGCACCCGAAUUGAAUGAGACUACUUUGGCUUUUCCCUCUCACACGGACAAGAGCUUUCUCACCAUACUCUAUCAAAAUCAAGUUUCUGGUUUAGAGGUCCGAGCUAGAGAUGGCGAGUGGAUUAAUGUUGAGUUCCCGCCCAAUUCCUUUGUUGUAAUGGCAGGCGAUGCAUGCAAGGCAUGGAGUAACGACAGAGUACUUUCUCCUAACCACAAAGUCACCAUGGAUACUAAGGGUAAGGAAACCAGAUACACGGCGGCUCUGUUUUCAUUCCUCAGCAGCAAUGUACAAGUACCCGAAGAGCUAGUCAACGAUGAGCACCCCUUGCAGUUCAAGCCCUUUGCCCAUGUCGAUUUGCUCAAUUUCUAUAACACUGAUCAUGGUCGGAGAUCACAAGAUAUUCUCAAAGACUUCUGUGGUAUUGCUGCUUGAAGAGUUAGUUUGUCUAAAUGUGUGUUUAUAGUUGUACUGUGGGUGUUUUUUUUUUUUUUUUUUUUUUUUUUUUUUUUUCAGGCAUGUCCUGAUUGCAGCAAUGUUUGUGUUCUAUAAUAACAAGGCUCUUCGAGUUCUUACGGCUUGUUUAUGAAUAAUUGUUGUGUUUUGUCGGAUGUUAUGCUGAAAUGUAAGCGAAAGUGUAUUUUUGAAGUCAG